UUAUUUCCUUUCCAAAACAUGGAAGCUGAUAAAGUUCAAGGCAACACAUCUCUACCCAACUUUAUGAACCACAUGACUUUCUUCUGGGGCAAACAAGUGGAAAUCCUCUUCCCUGGUUUCCCUGACCACAACGUUAGCUUAUAUGUAUUGUCUCUGUUCUUUGUUGCUGUUCUUGCAGCCACUGUUGAGGUCUUGAAGGCUACCGAGGCUGGAAAACAGAGGGAAAGUCCAAGAGCAACUUGGCUUAGACAAAGUGGUCUACACAUGCUUCGAGUGGGUCUUACUUAUAUGGUUAUGCUUUCUGUUAUGUCUUACAACGCUGGUAUAUUUCUUGCUGCCGUCGCCGGUCACACUGUUGGAUUCUUGGUUUCAACUCGACCUGUAGCUUCUCCGACCCAACCCUUUUUCAAAGAGAUGAAUCAAUCCACCAACUCUUCUUCUCUGGAAGCUUAAUUUGGUUUUCC